AUGGAUUCUUAAGCUAAAGUUUCACCUGAUAAACGUGACACUCUUUAAUUGUUCUAAAAAGUUAGUUAAAGUGAUUAAAAAUCAAGUUACUAGAUUAAUAAGGAAAAUAUGGAUCCUCAAAUAUCAUGUCAGAUUUAAGAGGUACCCAAAGAAAAACGUAGAAGAUUUAGGAUGCCGCAGGAAAUAUUUAGUAGCAAGAAAAAAUAUGAUAUUUUAAAACUUACUAAGCAGAAUAGCGAUAAAAAUUAUGAAUUUAUUGUUAUUGACGAGGAAUAACUUGGAAUUCGUAAGGAAUUUUCUGAGAAAAUAAGAGAUGUUUAUGAUUAAGAUGAUGAUGUGGAUACUACUGAUAGUGUACUAUAAUAAUUGAAAGAAGUGUGUUUAAAUGAUCUAAUCGAUGGAGUUAGACAAAAUUAACCUGAGUCGGUACCAAAUAUCAUUAAUUUAUGGAGAGUGAAGAGACAUUAUGAAAUAUUGGAUAGGGAUGAAAAUGAAGAUAUAAAAAAUUGA